AUGUAUUCGGAAGAGCGAAAGAAGCUAAAUCGGCUCUCUCGUAAGGCUUCCAACACCUGUGGAACCAAAAAACGCCUUCUGAACAGCCGUCUGGCUGGAAAAUCCUCCCUUAAGGGCCAAAAACAUCCUAACAGUAACGGCGUUCAUUUGUCUCGUUCCACAACUUCGAGACAUCUCGACUUUCCUCUCGAAUUUUUCAAGUCCUGUGCUGAAAUUAACGCAGUCAGUCCCUUCUCCGGAGAGGGCAUUAGCGUGCUACAGAAACACCUCUAUCAAAUCACCACCGCUCUUGUGCAGAAUGCCGUUCGUAACAUGGAACAGAAUCGGCGCGGUACUCCCCACAUCUCCGAUAUUGAUUCUGCGGCUCUGGCAAUGGGUAUGGACAUUCCCUAUGGUGCAGCUACCGGUGAACUUAUUCCGGUGAGAACUAGCGGACGCAACGCUGCUCCUGGAGUGGGUGGAAAGAUGAUUCUAAUUCGAAAGGACAAGGAGGUGGAUAUUAAGACCCUUCUGCGACGUCAACCCACUCCUGUGGUCUACGACAUCAGUCUAGUGGUGCAUUGGUUGGCGAUAGAUGGGGUCCAGCCGGCCUCACCGCAGAACCCACCACCAGAGUUUCUGCGUCGAAUGACAAUGCUUUCGGGUACCCAGACACCGAAGGCGAUUUGUACAGCCCUAAACCCCACUUUAAAAAUUGACGACACGCAGCAGCCGUCUGUUGACGCAAAGACUGAUAAGAACAAAGCGGGGGAUGAUCGGGCUUCUCACCCGCGGGUUAUGCAAGCCCUUCAUGUCGAACGACGUCCACAAGAAGUAAGUCAAGAAUUGAUGCUCUAUUUUCGGGAGCUCACUGAGGCCUGCGUCGGGGCCAACGAGAUCCGUCGGCGAGACGCUCUGGAGAACGCCACUCUAGAUACCGGUCUGCAGCCCCUCGUGCCCUACCUAGUCACCUUCAUUGCUGAGGGUAUCCGACUGAAUGCAAUAAACAGCAACCUGGCUAUCCUUAUCUACCUGGUUCGUCUAACUAAGGCGUUGGUUGACAACCCCAACGUCUCCCUGAAGGCCUACUUGCAGAGCCUCGUGCCGGGCAUAAUCACUUGUAGCCUCUGUCGCCAGGUCUGCGCUAAACCCAUCACCGACAAUCACUGGGCGCUGCGCGACUUCGCGGCUAAGCAGCUUGUCGCCAUCUGUAACAAAUACAAUACAUCAUGCAACGGUCUCUACAGUCGCAUAACACGCGAGCUCUACCGCGUGCUGUCCACUUGGAUUGAGGGCAAAUCGGCGGCUACUUCGGACCACUUUUCUACUUCCACCUCCUCUGCUGCCACUACCUCUGCCGCCACCGACAACACUGACCACUCUUCUUCCACCACCCCCACCGACCCUACACGCAAGGAGAUCACAGGGGUGCCUCGAGUUUCCUUGGGCAUGGCAGUAGACUCUCUCAAUACUCUCUACGGCACCCUCACCUGUAUUACCGAGUUUGGUGGUAAUUGCCUUCGCAUGCUUGUCUUUCCUCGCCUACCGGCGCUGUGCAGACGCCUCACUCGUAUGACCACUGCUUCUGCUUCCAAUACUCCACAAUCCACCGCAUCUGUGUCGAACCCAGCGGAGAUGGUGGUGGUGAUGGACCAGGAGGGCUUUCAGCAAACGUUCAACGCCUCUUCCGCCACCACUCUACUUUCCAACGCUGAGAUGAGAUCGCUGGACUCGCUUAAGAAACUCAUGAAUACGCGAUUCGUGGGCCUAUUGGCGGAGUGGCGUGUAAGGCAGAAUCUGCCAGUGACGCCGGAGGCCUAUAAGGCGGACUACGGAGUUAUGGCGUCGUGUCUUUUCGCGUCGGCGGCACAGGCAGACCCACCGCGACCUCAUGCCACUCCCGCGGGAGCACUCAUUAUCCAUGCCCGUCAAAUCUUCGACAGCCGCGGAAAUCCCACUGUUGAGGUUGAUCUGACCACCUCCAAGGGGUUGUUUCGAGCUGCCGUUCCCUCCGGUGCCUCCACUGGUGUACACGAGGCAGUUGAACUCCGCGAUGCCGACAAAAAUGCUUACAUGGGCAAGGGUGUCCUCAAUGCUGUUAAAAACGUCAAUGAAGUCAUUGCUCCUGCUCUCAUAAAGGAGAAAUUCGUCGUCACCGACCAGCAGAGAAUCGACGAGUUUAUGAUCAAGUUGGACGGAUCACCAAAUAAGGGCAAGUUGGGGGCCAACGCCAUCUUGGGUGUUUCUCUGGCCGUCUGCAAGGCGGGAGCUGCCGAGAAGGGUGUGCCACUCUACCGCCAUGUCGCUGACUUGGCUGGUAACAAGGAUGUCGUCCUUCCCGUGCCCUCAUUUAACGUGCUCAACGGUGGCAGCCACGCCGGAAACAAGCUGGCUAUGCAGGAGUUCAUGAUUCUGCCAACCGGUGCCAAGAGCUUCAGCGAGGCCAUGAAGAUGGGCACUGAGGUCUACCAUCACCUCAAGUCCGUCAUCAAGGGUAAAUACGGUCUUGACGCCUGCAACGUUGGUGACGAGGGCGGCUUCGCUCCCAACAUCCAGGACAAUAUGGAGGGUCUUGAGCUCCUCAAGACCGCCAUUGAUAAGGCCGGCUACACUGGCAAGGUCAAGAUCGGCAUGGAUGUGGCCGCCUCUGAGUUCUACCAGGACGGCAACUAUAAUUUGGACUUCAAGAAUCCUAAGGCGGCUGCCUCUUCCAUCGUUUCUGGGUCGAAACUGUCCGACAUCUACUCGGAGAUGAUUUCCAAGUAUCCCAUUGUCUCAAUCGAGGAUCCCUUUGAUCAGGAUGACUGGGCCGCCUGGACUGAGUUUAAUGCCAAGGCUGGGAUCCAGAUUGUUGGUGACGAUUUGACUGUGACGAAUCCAGAGCGUGUGCAGCAAGCCAUCGACAGGAAGGCUUGCAACGCCCUCCUGCUGAAGGUUAAUCAAAUCGGCUCGGUGACGGAGUCUAUCAAGGCUUGCAAGAUGUCGCGCGCUGCCGGCUGGGGCGUAAUGGUGUCGCACCGCUCGGGCGAAACGGAGGAUUCCACAAUCGCUGACAUCGUUGUCGGUCUCCGUACCGGGCAGAUCAAGACUGGCGCGCCAUGCCGCUCCGAGCGCCUGGCUAAGUACAACCAGCUGCUGCGUAUUGAGGAGGAACUUGGCCCCAAGGCCGUUUAUGCUGGCGAGCACUUCCGCAAUCCUUUGUAA